AUUUCAAGGUCAGUACGAAGGUUUCAUUGCACGCGGCCUUGCCAUGCCUCGACAAGUCGACAACAUAAAGGAAUUCCUCCACAUGACUCAAAGAGCGGACGCCAAGUCUGUUAAGAUCAAGGAAAACAAAGACAAUGUCAAAUUUAAAAUCAGAUGCAGUCGAUUUCUAUAUACCCUUGUAGUCGUGGAGAAAGAAAAGGUUGGAAAAAUCAAGCGUUCACUCCCUCCAAAUCUUACCGUGAAGGAAUUGUAAUAUGCUUUUUGUAAUAAAGGAUUCUUUGUAUUCGAUUUUCUUCAAUAAUAUCCGGGUUUCAGAAUGCUACGUCGUUGAACUUCGUGCGUACGUACAUCAGUUCAGGUUGCAAUACCAUACUAGCACAGAAGCAAUUGUGUCAACAUAAACAAUACCGUAAUUCGUAGCCACAAUUAGAGACAUCGAAAGACCCGAAACUCCUAAUUUAUUGAAAUUGUUCGUGAGGUCCACAAUCAGUACGCAUGAUAUUGAAAAGGCGAUUACUGGAAAUCAAGUUAGCACAUUGUAGUAUGCCACUGAAAUUAGCGAACAUAUGUCAACUACCAAAAUUUAUAUUACACCUGAAAAAUGACUUACUCAUAAUAAAUAGUAUAACAUUCUAACGUCCGACAUACAUGACAAUUAUCGACCAAACACAUAAGUUUCAGGUGUGAAAAAUUAACGUCAGUGAGUUCAAACGAGGGCUCAGGGAUUUCA